GCAGAUAAUGCAGAUGUUGUCGAUGGCCCCUGGAACCUCCACAACCCAGUGAAAGCUUCCAGGAGCCACCAAGAACUUCACAAAGAGCUGCUGCUGGCACACAAAAAUGGGUUGGUGGUGUGCUGUAAACCGGAGCUUCAGAUGGUUCUGGAAAGGAGGAAGAGAGAGCAGAGCCAAAAGGAGGAGGGAGAGCAAAACAGGAGCCCGCUGGAGCAAGUCCUCCUCAAACGCCAGCAGAAACAUCAGGAGAUGAUGAAGGAGAAGGAGGAGGAGCAGAAGUUACAUGAGGAGGUUCAGCUCUUGGAGUUUGUACGAGUAAGACAGAACCUGAAGAAAGUUCAUUCUGCUCUACACAGGAACAUUCACUCCUGAAUGUUUUCAGCACAAGCUGAAUUAUUCAUUUGGCCAUGCAGAUAUAUUUUGAAAUAAUGU